AUGGCACCUCCGAGGCUACACCACCGAAAGUUGAAUGCCACCUUCAAGGGCAUCCAACGCGAUGACGAGAAUAUUUCCAUUCAUCAAUUUCGCGGUAUCAAGUAUGCUUCGAUUCCGGGCCGAUUUGAGAAGGCUCUUCGGGUCGACAAUUUCGAGGGUCGUGUUAUCGACGCUACAAAAUAUGGACCACGCUGUCCCCAGGUUGAUGUCGAUGUGAAGCAUUUACUUCGGAUCCCGGAGGACUUUACCAUUGCGCCUGAGCCAGAGGAUGAGUUCGAAUGUCUCAACUUGGAAAUUACAUGUCCGCCGGUGUCGUCUGGGUCUGACCCUCUGCCAGUUUUGAUCUGGAUCCAUGGUGGCUCGCAAGUGGUUACAUUUUGCUCUGCUGCAUCCAAGAUCUGUGACCCCACCAAAAUCGUUACCGAUUCAAUUAAGACGAGGAAGCCUAUCAUAUUUGUCUCCAUUAAUUACCGGCUCAACAUCUUCAGCUUCGGUGACGGACGGGAGAAAAACCUCGCCCUCAAAGACCAGCGUCUAGGCAUUGACUGGGUGCGAGAGAAUAUUGGAGCCUUUGGCGGAGAUCCUCAAAACAUCACAUUGGCUGGAGAAAGCGCCGGAGCUGUUUAUGCCCACGCCCAUCUCAUCACUGGUCCGCCAGUUAAGCGGGCUGUGCUGGCAUCCGGAACUCUUUACCUCUCAUCCCCCCUACCAGUAGAACGAGGAAACGGACUCAUCAAGACCUUAGAGGCAAAGGUUCAGGAACUUGGCCAACCAUCGCUGCGAGAGUCCGCUGUUUCUGUGCUUGUCCAAGCAUUGAAAGAAUGCAAUGUGAAUACUAUGUGGAUACAGGAAGACCCUGAGCUGGAGAAUUGGGAGACUCGACCUGAGCAAGUUGAAGAGCUCAUGAUCGGUGAUACUGAGUAUGAGUCCGUUAUCUGGCGAAAUGGCAUCGAGGUGCUGGAUGGAGAGAGUAUUGCCGCAGUAUUCGAAGAUGGGCAAUGGGGCACCAAGCUCCGCAAGAUGUAUCAAAUUGUGCCUGAUCGCCCGACAGCUAGCAAACUGGGUGCUCUGGAUUUUGUCAACGACACGCGCUACGCUCUCCCCGUUGAAGUGAUCGCUGAAAAGCUUCAUGCUGUCGGCAAGCGAGUCUUCAAAUACGUGAUCGACCAGCCUAAUCCCUUCCAGCCGUCCAGCCGCUCGCAUCAUGCGGUCGACCUUCUGUUCCUCUUCGAUGGCGUUGAUCUUUCCUUCAAUCCUACUGCACAGGCUGUUGGUCAGGAGAUGCGACAACGUUGGAUCCAGUUUGUGAACGGGGGGAAUCCCUGGUCUGUAGAUAGUAGGUUUGCAUUCGGGCCGCUGGGCGACUGCAGGGAAAUCAGUGAGGAUCAAUUUGCAGAUCGACGACGUGUCAAUCAUUGCAAAGUACUACAGGAGGCCGGGAUAGAUGUGUACUUGCCUAUUUUGUUUGCGCUGACCGCUGGGCGCAUCGGUUUGUUGAACUAG